AAAUCAUGGAUUCACCUCGGUUUCGGGCAUCGAGCGUUAGAUUGUAACCAACUUCCUCAGAGCUGCUCUGUAUCCCAGAGAUCUAUAUUGAAGUGACGAGUGUGGUCGCUACUCUCUGCUCGUCUAGGGUCGGUGCGUUCAGCUCGUUCACUAUCUGCUCGCCUCCGUUCUGCCGUAGAGAAUUCAUUAUGCAAGAUCACCCUUGCACGCCUGCCCGACCCUCUAAUUGGCGUCGAGCUCGACUAGCUUUGACAUCAACUCCUCACUCUUGCUCGGUAGAAAGCCGGCAUACACUUUCACAUCCGGCCAGGCACGAUGUCUUUAAGCCGCUCAAGUUGGCCAUGCGUGAGGUCGUUCAUGAACGUAAAAUGUCACCCCUCAUCUUUAGGGCCAAACACCGUGCUAACAAAACUCUCCAUCCAGUUCAUCAACCGAACGCUGAGGGGGGAGUAAUGUUGGGAUUAGGCCCAACGCCCGCUUCGGGCCGCACCUAGCAAGCCCAACUAUGCACACACAGGCCCAAGAGAAGGAGACAUACCCAUAUUCAAAUACAAAAAGCUAUCUCCACUUGUUUUCUUUCAUUGUCUUCUUGAUCUUCAUUGCUGCCUCACAUAUUUUCUUAUGCAACCGAUGAGAUUCACCUUCAAAUGGCUUUACCAAUGAUUGCAUCAUGUUGGUAAGAUGCACUACAUAUUCUACUAUCUGCAAUUUGUCUCUCAAACCUUGUAAUUGAGGAAGCCCAAGUUCUAAACCAGCUGAUUGUAUCAUUUUUGGUUUUUCUAUUCCAUAUUCUGCAACCUGCAUUCUCAACCUUCUUCAAAAACACUUGAAUUGAUCAGGAAACAAUAGUUCC